AUGUCCUGCGCACGUUUAUUUCCACGGACAAUACCACGCGGCGUCUCCCGCAGCCGGCAAUCUCCCGUUCUCGAUUUCCUGGCCCCAGGUAUCACCACAUGCGCACCACGCCAAACCGCCUGGCGGUUCUCCAGCACAACCACAACCCCACCGCCGCCACAAACACAACACAAUGGAAAGCCUGUACGGCCGCUUACGCCCGAGCAGCGCGAAUUUCUCUUGUCGGCAUUGCGGGUAAACCAGACGGGCGAACUCGCCGCCAUCCUCAUCUAUGCCGCCCAAUCGCCCGUCAUUACGCGGUCGCAUCCCCAUUUGCGACCGCUGAUGAAGCACAUGUACGACCAGGAGGCGGGCCACUACAAGUACUUCAACGACGUCAUCUCCAAGCACCGCAUACGCCCUACGGCCAUGACUCCCAUCUGGACGGCGGCGGCGAGCAUUUUGGGGUGGUCGACGGCCGUCAUGGGGCGCGAGGCGGCCAUGGCGUGCACAGAGGCGGUCGAGACGGAGAUUGGGACGCACUACAACGAGCAAGUGCGGGUGCUGCUGGACUGGGCCAAGAAAUGUGAGCAGAGGGGGGAAAGCCUGGGGCCCGAGUUGGAGAAGCUGGUGACCGAGUUGAGACGGAUACGCGACGAGGAGCUGGAGCACCUGGACCAUGCCGUGGAGAAUGAUGCCAAGAGCGCAAGGCCGUAUGAACUUCUCACAGAGGUCAUACGUGGUGGGUGUAGAGGCGCCAUCUGGGUGAGUGAGCGUGUGUGA